AAAGACAACAGCGUCUUGAUGGGAAAGGAGGAGCAAUGGGAAAGACUGGAGUAUCUCAGGCCUUCUCAGUGGAUUGUGGGAGAGAGGCAGCUGGAAGACAGGCCUCCCUCUGGAGUUCAUAGCUGAGUUGCUGUCCAAAUCAGUGGUCCCUAGAAUCUAUAAAACAAAACUGAGAACUUCAGAGGUGCAUCCAGAGGAGCCACACUCCAAAAGGACCACUUCCAGACGCCAUGCGGCAAACCCUACUGCUGCUGCUGCUGACGGUGCUGCGCCCCAGCUGGGCAGACCCUCCCCAGGAGAAGGUCCCGCUCUUCCGGGUCACUCAGCAGGGCCUCUGGGGGAGCAGUGGCAGCAACGCCACCGACUCGCCCUGCAAGGGGCUGCCCGCCGCGGAUGCGACGGCCUUGACCCUGGCGGACCGCAACCUGGAGCGCCUGCCCGGCUGCCUACCGCGCGCACUGCGCAGCCUCGACGCCAGCCACAACCUGCUGCGCGUCCUGAGCACAUCCGAGCUCGGCCACCUGGAGCAGCUGCAGGUGCUGACCCUGCGCCACAACCGCAUCGCCGCGCUGCGCUGGGCCCCGGGUGGGCCGGCCGGGCUGCACACCCUGGACCUCAGCUACAACCAGCUGGCCGCUCUGCCGCCGUGCGCCGGGCCCGCGCUGAGCAGCCUCCGCGCCCUGGCGCUCGCCGGGAAUCCGCUGCAGACGCUGCAGCCCCGGGCCUUCGCCUGCUUCCCGGCGCUGCAGCUCCUCAACCUUUCCUGCACCGCGCUGGGUCGCGGAGCCCAGGGGGGCAUCGCCGAGGCGGCGUUCGCUGGAGAGGAUGGCGCGCCCCUGGCCACGCUCGAAGUCCUGGAUCUCAGUGGCACGUUCCUUGAACGGGUUGAGUCAGGGUGGAUCAGAGACCUGCCGAAGCUCACAUCCCUCUACCUGAGGAAGAUGCCUCGGCUGACGACCCUGGAGGGGGACAUUUUCAAGAUGACCCCCAACCUGCGGCAGCUGGACUGUCAGGACUCCCCAGCACUUGCUUCUGUCGCCACACACCUCUUUCAAGAUACUCCACAUCUACAGGUCCUUCUGUUCCAGAACUGCAACUUGAGUUCCUUCCCUCCUUGGACCCUGGAUUCCUCCCAGGUCCUAUUGAUCAACCUCUUUGGCAACCCCCUAACUUGCAGUUGUGACUUGUCUUGGCUCCUCACGGAUGCAAAGAGAACUGUCCUAAGCAGGGCAGCAGACACUAUGUGCGCGCCAGCUGCGGGAUCCAGCGGCCCCUUCUCAGCCUCCCUGUCACUCUCCCAGCUGCCCGGAGUGUGCCAGUCCGACCAAAGCACCACUCUCUGGGCUUCACACCCACCUUGCUUCAACCGCUCCACCUACGCACAGGGUCCCACCGUCGCGCCCAGCGCAGCCCCAGCCACCCGACCUGCGGGAGACCAGCAGAGUGUCUCCAAGGCCCCUAACGUGGGCUCUCGCACGAUAGCUGCAUGGCAGCACAGCGAUGCACGGGAGGGGACUGCCCCCUCCACGACCAACUCUGUAGCAGGUCACAGCAACUCCAGCGUUUUCCCCAGGGCUGCCAGCACCACCAGGACCCAGCACCGAGGAGAACAUGCCCCCGGGCUUGUCCUUGAGCCUGAUAUCUCAGCCGCCUCCACCCCACUGGCCAGCAAGUUCCUGGGCCCCUUCCCUACCUCGUGGAACCGCAUAAGCUCGCCUCAGCCCGACCAGAGGACACACGCCACACACCAAGCCCCCAACCCGAGUCCUUCCGAGGGCGAGAUUCCAGUCUUGCUGCUGGACGACUACAGUGAGGAGGAGGAGGGGAGGAAGGAGGAGGUGGGAACGCCUCACCAGGACGUCCCCUGUGAUUACCAUCCCUGCAAGCACCUGCAGACCCCGUGCGCGGAGCUGCAGAGGAGGUGGCGGUGCCGGUGCCCCGGCCUCAGUGGGGAAGACACCAUCCCAGACCCGCCCAGGCUGCAGGGGGUGACGGAGACCACGGACACGUCGGCGCUGGUCCACUGGUGUGCCCCCAACUCGGUAGUGCACGGGUACCAGAUCCGCUACUCUGCAGAGGGCUGGGCAGGGAACCAGUCGGUGGUGGGGGUCAUCUACGCCACGGCCCGGCAGCACCCUCUGUACGGGCUGUCGCCGGGCACCACCUACCGCGUGUGCGUGCUGGCGGCCAAUAGGGCUGGCCUGAGCCAGCCGCGGCCCUCGGGCUGGGGGAGCCCGUGCGCCGCCUUCACCACCAAACCCAGCUUCGCGCUCUUGCUCUCUGGGCUGUGCGCCGCCAGCGGCCUGUUGCUCGCCAGCACCGUGGUGCUCUCCGCAUGUCUCUGCAGGCGGGGCCAGACGCUACGCCUGCAGCGCUGCGACACGCACCUGGUGGCCUACAAAAACCCGACCUUUGAUGAUUACCCGCUGGGGCUCCAGACCGUCAGUUAGCCCAGCUUCUGGGAUAACGCGUCUAAUCGAACUGGAUCUGAGCGCAGAAAGGAAGACACAGGGUCAAAAACGACCCCAUCCGCUCCUAGGGUUUCUAAUUCCCGUGAAGCCAGAAUGCCUUGGGCACACAUGGAACUUGCCACACUGAGUGUCUCGGUCCAAGGAACAACUGCCCUCCCUUCCUUCUACUUAACUCUCCGUUCUCAGAAACCUGAUGGUCAAUGCCAGAUCGCUCCCCACUGCCACCAGGCCUUCUUGUGUGUUGGUUCAUUUGGGGUUUUCAGCAGUCAGUGCCCCUCUAUCCAGUAGAAUAGUGUAUGGAAGUAGGAAGGGAUGAAACAGAGAAAUUGCAUAACCCAGCUUCUUUGAUCAUGUUAGAAAUCACAUCCUCAGGUCUUUCCAGCAGAAGCUCCUUCAUUGGUCAAGCUCUAAGACACAACGAGCUCUGUUAUUCAAGAAAUCAAUUCCAGUUCCAAUUCCUGAGAACUAGGGUAAGGGGGAGAGCUAAGGGUUGCUUCCUAAGGCCUUCUGGGUUUAUUAGUUCCAUUUCAGGACAUGACAAGGAAAUGUACUUCCGGCUUUACAGUUAAAACCAGUUUUCUGGGAACAUUUGUCAAACACAGGGAAAGGCUAUCUUUUUAAGUUAGUGUUUACUGCAUUUCACCAAAGACUAAAUGGACAAAUAAAUUAUAAAUUCAUUUUUUAGGAGGCAUAAUAAACUUUGGAAAUCUUUUUUCUUAAUUAGAAGGAAGAAAUGAGCAAAAGAGAACCCGAAGCUCUAGCUAGAAGCCCAAGUGUUUCUCUGCCCUAAUUGCAUCAAACAAUGCCUUAAUAAUCUGUCUUCAUGUGGGAGGCAUCUACUCUGUCCUCUACUUUUUCACUUUUAUGCAAACUCAGGGGGAAACUCAGGGGAAAAAAUGAUUCUAUGAAAUUAGAGCCAUAUUUCUAGAUUUUAAUUUUCAACAUU